CAAUCUAAACAAUGAAUAAACAUUAAAUAUAGUGGACCCACCAAUGAAUCGAAAUUAAGGAAUGGUUCAUGCACCUUUCCCUUCUUUUCCUCUGCUCCUUUGGUUUCCAGAACAAGAAAUAAUUACUAUUCCCACCAAUUAACUAUAUUUUUUUAUUAUUUAAAACAAAGAUUUCUUUCAUUUUUUUUUUCUUCUCUUUUUUGUCAUCAUAAAUCAUUCUUCUUCCAGUACAAUGAACAACUACAACAUCAACAAAAGCACAGGCUUUUUUUCUUCUUCUCCUCACCUUUUUAUUUAUCAAUUGGACCCUUUUUCAGAUUCAGCUUCAGCUUCAGUCUCUGCAUCAAUAUUGUCGUCAGGUUUGCUUAUUGCAUUUGGGACAAAUAGUGUGCCUGAGGGUGUCAUUUGACAUAUUGAUGUUUCUGUGUGAGAAAUUGAACAAACCUAUAUGCCAUUCAGAAGACUUCCUAAAAUGGAGUUAACAGUAGCUUAUGAUGCUGAACACGCAAGUUCUACACCGAGGAUUCAGCACGAGUUCUGGCCAUUGGAUGAAAUUGAUCCAAAGAAUGCAAGGUUUCCAUGUUGUUUAGUUUGGACUCCACUCCCAGUAGUGUCAUGGUUGGCACCCUUCAUUGGGCAUGUUGGCAUUUGCAGGGAGGAUGGUGCUAUUUUAGAUUUUGCAGGAUCCAACUUUGUAAAUGUUGAUGAUUUUUCAUUUGGUGCUGUAGCCAGAUAUCUCCAGCUUGAUAGAGAGCAGUGUUGCUUUCCACCAACCGUAGCUGGGCACACAUGCAAGUUCGGCUACAGGCAUACUGAGUAUGGGACAUCACUCACCUGGGAUGAUGCAAUACGGACUAGUAUGCGUUACUUUGAGAAUAAAUCCUACAACCUCUUCACAUGCAACUGCCACUCAUUUGUUGCCAACUGUUUUAAUCGGCUCUGUUACGGUGGAUCAAUGAGUUGGAAUAUGGUAAAUGUGGCCGCUCUUAUACUAUUUAAGGGGCAUUGGGUUGAUAGCAUGUCAAUCCUUAGAUCAUUCCUCCCUUUUGUAGUGGUGCUCUGCCUUGGUAUUGUCAUGGUCGGGUGGCCAUUCUUGAUUGGGCUGUUUUCCUUCUCUCUUCUCCUCCUUGGUUGGUUUUUGAUUGGUACUUAUUGUGCCAAAAACUUGAUAGAGUGCUAGGUCCUUUGUCUUUGAUGUUGAGAAGUUUUUAAUGGAAGAAAACAGAUAAUGUUGUAUGGGUAUUCCUUCUAUAAGUGGUGUUUAUAAAUAGCUAAUAUGGAGCUGCUGCAGUUUUUCUGGGGAGACCUUUGUUAUCAAAAGUUGUCCACCUAGAAUCAAGAAGCGGAUUAAAACUGUAGAUUAUUGACUAAAUAAUGGAAAUUAAAUCUUCUCUCUC